AUGCCGUCUCUCAUCGAGUACUCGCGACUUAUAGCAGUUCAGACGAGGAGUAUCAAACCUGGACAACUGCGAGUCGCGAUAUCAGAAUUUGCGGACCCCGAGAACACGGUUCUUGACCCGUAUCACAAUGCUGGUUAUACACAUCUCUACUGCUUAGAGAAAUUCUGCAAUCUUCCCAGCCUACUAGCAGAGACUAAUGUAAUUUUCCUCCCAGCGGGCAAGCCUGCUAAAGAGUUGUCCUUUCCCGCGGCUUUAGAUAUACCCCAGCAGGAGGCUUGUUUACAGUGGGUUAAUGAGGCCCGACAGUCGUGGAAAAAUUUCAAGAGCCGUUUUCCCAUCGCCGAGGAACGCCCACGGUAUACACCACGUAAUAUAGACAGGCUCCUUUUCCGCCUUGAGCUUGCCGAGCCUAGCACUAGCAACAAGCGCCGCCACGACGCAGCAGCCGGGAACAAUCUACCAGAUGAGCAAGCCGCGGCCGAGCCUGCUCCUAAAAGACCUCGUACACAGGCCGAAGGGCCCUACCACCAACUGGUCCCCCAGAGCGGCGGUUUUGGGGUCCGUCCAGACAUACAGCGGUUCCCACUUGGAAACGGGCAGCCAACGGGUUUUCAAGGACAGCUGUACCAGGCUAACGCCCCCGGCGCUCUUCCUGAUACAACGCAACCUGCGCAGAGCAAAAAGCCUCUCUCGCCGGGGCAGGAACUCACGAGGCUGGCUGAGAACGCUCAAGCCGAGCUUCGUACUGAGGCCCGAAAACAGGGUGAAGAACCUGAAGAGGACAUAUCCGCACAAAUGGUCCGCGAACUCGCUGAUUUGCUCGCUCAGCCUGAUCCUGCCGCACCUGCUGUUGAGGCUGGUCCUCCGGAGUGCGCCGGGCCGGAGCAAAGCAUCCAGCCGGAGCAAGUGCCAAACAAAAUUACCGAGCCUGUGACUGCCGUCAAAAUACCGGUGGUAAGAGCCGGUCGGCGCUCAUCUCGGAGGUCUUCCGCCCCACCGGUAUUAGGAGUCCAAAACGCAAGGAUUAGAAAGAGUGCGCAGCUGUGCAGAAGGGGCUCGAAGCUCAGGGAGGUCCCGGUCACCCAGGCGGAUCUGGAAGAGCUGCAAAAGGGCAGGUAA